AGGAAAGUGGCGACUGCUUAACCAUGGACAAGCUUGGAUGAUAGAAUUAGAGGGGCUCUGUACAUUCUAAUGAUUCCCACUGGCAGAGGAUUUUCUUUUCUUUUUUUUAGCAAGUCAUUGGCAAAGAAUUUUGUUGCCUCCUCUGUUUUGAUUUGAAUUUUGAUAGCUGCUUUGGUUCCUUCUCCCUUUUUGCAAAAGAUCUUGAAAGCCAUCCUCUCUCUCUCUCUCUCUCUCACACACACGCACACAAUACAAAUAGCAAUAUCAAGUUGCUUGGCGAUAUGAGGAUUCUGAGUUGGGUGCAAAAUAAGUUCAACGCGAAACAAGAGAAGAAGAGAUUCGAUGCAGGUUCGAGUUCAGCUCGUCAUGCUUCGAUGCCAGAUGUUCGCAAAGAAGAAUUCAAUGAUUGGCCUCAAGCAUUGCUGUCGAUUGGAACCUUCGGCAACAAUGACUUGAAGGAAGACCCACAGAGACAUGAGCUCUCAGAAAAUCUAGAUUCAUCAGAAAAUUUGGAUGCAUCUCAAGAUUUUCCAGACUUUACAAUGGAAGAAGUGAGAAAGUUACAAAAGGAGCUAACAAAACUAUUAUCUCGCAAGUCAAAAUCUAGCACCAAGGGACCAGAAGUGGUAGAAGAAGAGGAGAGAGCCAAUCUCCCUCUUAAUAGAUUUCUAAACUUCCCCUCAAGCUUGGAGGUCGAUCGGACUGCUUCCCUCAGGUUGCAAGAUGAUUUGGAUAAUAACAAAGGUGACCUCUCUCCCAAUACCAAGAUCAUCUUAAACAAAGCAAAGGAUUGGUUAUUGGAUAACCGCAAUGCAAUGAAGGAAAAAACACUCACAUUUCUUCUCAAGAAAAUAUUUGUGUGUCGAAGUGGCUUCUCACCAACUCCGAGCUUGAGGGAUCCCAUGCCAGAGUCAAGGAUGGAGAAGAUUCUGAGGACAUUACUUCAGAAGAAAAUAUACCCUCGAAGCUCUGCUUCUUCGUCGAUGAGGAAGUGCUUGGAGGAGAGACCUGUGGAGAAUGUGCAGGCAGAGAAAAAGGAGGAGAAGGGGGAGGAUCGGUAUAAGUGGGUCAAGACCGAUUCAGAGUAUAUUGUUCUAGAGAUCUAAAUACAUUUGAUUAAGGAAGUCCUGGUGACUUGAACUUGUUAUACUUCAAAUGUCUCACAUCUAAAGCCCUCUGGAGGAUUGGAGGCAUGGUAUUAGAAAGGAAACCUCAAUGGUCUCACAGAAUAACCAAUGCAUUGCUCACGAAGAAUAUUUUGCAUUUUUUUACUUGAGAUUUUGAGUGUUUACAAGAGAAUUUUUCUUUUGCCGAAUGCCACAUAUUCGUACUGCAAUCUG